AAAGAUUAUUUACUUCCGGUGAAGAGUUCAGCUGCUCCUGAAUGAUAAAGUAGUGGAUAAAAAGGCAAUCUGCAAAGAUGGAGUCCAGUGAGGAGGGGGGCCUCAGUGUCGGGGGCUCUGUGGGAGAGGAGAACUACUUCCUGGGAUACACCUUCACCGACCGCUCCCACUCCAGCCGGGUGGUGAAGAGCAUCAUGGACCUGUGUCUAGAGGACGGCCUGUUCGCUGAUGUCACCAUCACCGUCGACAGCAAAGAGUUCCAAUUGCACAGGCUGGUGCUCUCGGCACAGAGCAGUUUCUUCCGCUCCAUGUUCACCUCCAACCUCAAAGAAUCCCACAACCGCUCCAUUGAGCUGAAGGACGUCAGCGCCACUGUCUUUCAGCUGCUCAUUGACUACAUCUACCAUGGCACGAUUAAACUGAGGGUGGAGGAGCUUCAGGACACCUAUGAGAUGGCAGAUAUGUACCAGCUGACUGCACUGUUUGAGGAAUGCUCUCGCUUCCUCUCACGGACAGUUGAGGUCAAGAACUGCCUGCAGGUGAUGUGGCUUGCAGACAGACACAGUGACCAGGAGCUGUAUACUGCAGCAAAGCAUUGUGCUAAAAUCCACCUGGCCCAGCUGCACCAGACUGAAGAAUUUUUAAAUCUGCCUCUCUGUCUGCUCCUGGACAUCAUCAAAGAUGGAGUUCCGAGCUCCCAGAAUCCAACAGUGGCCAUUGAGUCGUGGAUAAACCACAACAAGGUUGAGAGAGAGGAGUUUUCUUGUAUCCUCCAAGAAAAUCUCAAGGAAAUCGGCGAGAAUGUCCACAUUUACCUGAUCGGUAAAGAGGAAGCACGAACGCACUCCCUGGCUGUGUCGCUUCACUGUGAUGAGGACGAUGUGAUCAGCGUGAGCGGCCAGAACAGUUUAUGCCAUCAGAUCACUGCAGCCUGUAAACACGGAGGCGACCUGUAUGUGGUGGGGGGCUCCAUCCCACGGCGCAUGUGGAAGUGCAACAUGCACACCAUGGACUGGGAGCGCUGCGCCCCACUGCCCAGAGACCGCCUCCACCACACCAUGGUCUCUGUCUCCACUGAGGACGCUAUCUACUCACUAGGGGGUAAAACAUUACAGGACACACUCUCUAACACCGUCAUCUACUACACAGUGAAGGACAACAUGUGGACAGAGACCAGCCAGUUAGACACUGCAGUGUCCGGGGCUGCUGGUGUAAACCUGGGAGGUACCAUCUACCUGCUUGGUGGUGAGGAGAAUGACAUGGACUUUUUCACUAAGCCAUCUCGACUGAUUCAGUGUUUCGACACCGCCUCUCAGAAGUGCCAGAUCAAACCUUACAUGCUGCCAUUCGCGGGCUGCAUGCACGCUGCAGUCCACAUGGACGUCAUCUUUAUCGUAGCAGAGGGAGACUCCCUGGUGUGCUACAACCCUCUGCUGGAGAGCUUCACCCGCCUGCGCUUCCCUGAGGUGUGGAGCUGCGUUCCUUCACUGUGGAAGGUGGCCAGCUGUAAUGGCUGCAUAUACGUCUUCAGGGACAAAUGUAAGAAAGGUGACGCAAACACGUUAAAGUUUAACCCGGCCACAUCUGUCGUCUCCGUUAUCAAAGGUAUAAAAAUCCUCCUCACAAACUGGCAGUUCGUUUUGGCCUGAACUGUUCUCCACACAGCCGACACGGACAAUCAGGGAAGACUGUCGGUAACUUACCAUGACUUAACCAUUCAGACAUCCUGUGAGGAGACCUGCUCUAAAUGUAUUUACUCAGCUGGUUUCUGUGUCACUCAUUCCAUUCUGACUCCACCACCAGACCAGUAGAAACAGAUCAACGGUGUGUGUCUCUUGCUUGUAUUAUUCCAGUGUGUUUCAUUGUGAAUCCUUUAGCUGAGAAGUCAAACAAUUCGUAGUGAUGCUGUAACCAGUGAUGAACUAAUCGGCAUUGUUUCCUGUGCACUGCUUGUUUACUGACACGCAUGAAAAACUUCAGUGUAAAAACUUUACUGAACAUAAAACAUCCUUCAGUAUA